AAAAAAACAAAAAAUCCCGUAGCGCGUCCGUUUCAGGUUAGCGCGAUGGACAUUGUCGGCAAGAUCGGAGCGUACUUUGCCAACCAUGAAGCUCAAAUGCGCCUCGUCAUGCAGCACGCACGGGAUCGCACGCGCGCCAUCGCCACCCCCGAGCUCGAUGAUGACGACGACCCGAUUGACCGUGCGUCGCGGCUGCUCGACAAGUGCCUCGACUCGUUCGAAGCCUCUGUGGUUGCCCCGCUCUCGGCUCGGUCCCCGCGGCCCUCGCCGCGCCACGCACGGCCACUCUCGCCACCGGUCCCCGAAGUCAAACCCGCGACAACACCUCGCAAGCCCAAGCGCCUCAAGCGCAAGAAACCAAGGGCUCCAUCGGCUGUCAAAGCCGCCGAAGCUGCCAAAGCCGCCGAGCUCGCGGCCAUCAAGCAAAAGCUCGUGGACGACGCCAUUUCCGUGACCAAGGAACGCGCGCGGAAAAUUCAGAUGGACAAGGAGUUGCGCUUGAAGGCCGAGGCCGCGCUGGCCGCAGAGCAGCAGUCGCGCCGUGAGGCACAGCUGCAGCAAAUCGAAUCCAUUCGGAAACAAGCGUUCCGACCAGUGCCUGCGCCAGCGUCUCCGAACCAAGUGCCGUCGCCGCGGCAACCAGUGCCACCACGCGUGCUCACGGAUGCGUGGAGCGAGCGCGUCCCUCCCCGCCGCCACACCAUCCUCGGGCUUCGAAAGUCCGCCAAACACACGACCCCUAGCCCUGCAAUGGCUAACAAGCACAGUCGCAGCGCAAGUUUCUCGCACUUGGCCGCUUCCAUGCCCCAUUCCCCGCCGUCUGAGCCGAUUCGACCGACGACACCCUCGCCACGGAUCGAUCCCAUGACCAAGUUUGGCCCCAUCCAGGAGAACGUGUCGAGUACGCCAUUUCUCGAUCGAAUCGAGCACUUGGAGCAGUACCGUGCACAGCGAGCCUCCGAGGCAGCGAUCGAGGCGCAACACCGCGCCGAUGUGGCCGCAGCACAGGCGGCGCAGCAACGCCGAAUGGACCUGGCGUGCGACGCCAAAGUGCAGCAAAACCUCGACCUCGACCGCCACCGACAGCUGCUGGAAGCCCAGAAAACGGCGCUCGAAGCCUCGCUCCAAGCGUUGCACACCGAGUCGUCGCAGCUGCGCUCGGAGCGCCACAAGAUUGCAAUGGAGCGGCGGGUGGCUCGGCGGGCGGCGGUCAAGUCCAACAACAGCGAUGACGCAUCGGCGUCGUCGUCCGACCUCCAAGGGUGGGUGCAAGAUGAGAAAGACCGGGCAAAUCAAGCGGCCAAAGCACGGGCCGAGGCCAAGCGCCGUGUACAAAUGCGCCGUGCCGCCCCCGCCAAUAUCGGUCCCGAGACCGUCGACGACGCCACCGCAUCCUCGACCCCGCGGCACUGGCACGUGAGUCCGCUGCCCCAACCUCGAUGGGACGCUGCGUUUUUCGGCUACAGCAGUGGCUCCGACACCGACUAACGCCAUAGCAUACCGACUACAACUGUACUACAAGCUGUACUGCAAGAAACCAACGUGUACUCGUUGUACAAAAUGCUUA